AUGAACAACUACCCGGCAGACCCUCUAAAAACCCUCAUUGACUCUGGAGCCACAUCGAACUUCAUCUCUCCCUCGAUUGUGGAAAAAUAUAAAAUCCCAAAAACCCAACUCAAAAAUCCACGAGUUGUGAGAAUGUUAGAUGGUACUAUCUCCCAGACUGGUCGCAUUUGGCACCAGGUGCAACUCGCGGUCUUGGCCAAUGGCCACCCCCACACUAUCCCAUUUCUUGUUUGCCCCAUUGGCAACAACCCGGCAAUCUUAGGCAUGACAUGGUUAACGGCAGAAGCUCCUCUUAUUGAUUGGCAACAGGGACUAGUCACAUUCCCUGAACAAAUUCAGAUUGCCUCCGAGGAAGAAGCAGACUCGGACCCAUUAGUAGACCUUCCCCCUCAGUACCACGAGUUUGCUAAAGUCUUUGGUGAAGAAGAAUUUAAGGUCCUCCCUCCACAUAGGGAGUACAACAUCUCUAUAGACCUUAUUCCAGAUGCCAAACUAACCCCUGGUCCCAUAUACGGCAUGACUGAUGCGGAAUCUAAAGCGCUCAAACAACACAUUGACGAGGAGUUAGCCACAGGCAAGAUCCGCCCUAGUACUUCCUCAACAGGCGCCCCGGUCAUGUUUGUAAAGAAGGCAGAUGGAUCUCUUAGGCUGGUUGUGGACUACCGAAAGCUCAAUGAUGUAACCCACAAGAACGUAUACCCGCUUCCAAGACAGGAUGACCUCAUGGCAAAGUUAAGACAUGCCAAGAUAUUUACAAAGCUCGACCUACGCUGGGGUUACAAUAAUGUCAGGAUCAAGGAAGGGGAUGAAUGGAAGACAGCGUUCAGGACUAAAUACGGGCUGUUUGAGUAUCUGGUCAUGCCUUUUGGCCUCACCAACGCCCCAGCCGCCUUCCAGCAUUUUAUGAAUGAUCUAUUCAGGGACCUGAUUGACGUAAAUGUGGUUAUCUAUCUAGACGACAUCCUCAUCUUCUCUGAAAAACCAGAAGACCACCCAGCCCAUCUGUCCAAGUGCCAUUUUCACGUCAAUACGGUAGAUUACUUGGGUAUUGUCAUAUCACCUGCCGGCUUCUCCAUGGACCAGAAAAAGAUCAAGGCAGUCACGUCAUGGCCACAACCCAAGACAGUUAAACAGGUUCAGGCUUUCCUAGGGUUUGUAAAUUACCUCCGCUGGUUCAUCCCCAACUUUAGCUCCGUUGCGCGCCCCCUGCAUAAUCUCACCAAAAAGGAAACCCCUUGGUCAUGGGGUAACCCAGAAGAAGCCGCAUUCCAGGAACUAAAGCUCCUUGUCACCCAAUCACCAGUCCUUGUCCAUUCCAACCCGGAUCUACCCUAUUACCUUGAAACAGACGCAUCAGGGGUAGCAAUGGGAGCCAUACUCAGUCAACGAGUGGCAUACAUGUCCAAGUCCUUCUCCGGCGCCAAAGCUAAUUAUGACACACACAAUAAAGAAUUAUUGGCAAUCAUUAAGGCACUGGAGGAAUGGCGAAUCUUCUUAGAAGCAACGGAUAGACCCAUUCAGGUGUUCACUGACCAUCAAACCUGGAGUACUGGAUGCAGGCACGAACCUUCAAUUGUAGACACGCCCGUCCGGAAAACCAGAUGCUCUAUCCAGAAGAUGGACUACACGGAUGAGCCGAGAGAACCAGAGGUCAUGCUCCCAGCAGAAUUGAGGGAAGACCCUUCCCUGGACCAGAUCAUCCAAUUCCUGACAGAAGAUGCAGAUAAUGCGCCUCCCUCCAUCCAAAAGGCCUAUGAGAUUAUGACUGGGAGGAAGACCUCUUAUGGUAUCGCGGAAAAUUGGACAACAGAGAACCCUGGAACUCCUCAGCGAAACUACUGGUGGCCAGGCAUGAAGUCAUCCGCCAAGGAAUGGGUGGAAUGCUGCCCCACUUGUCAAGCCAAUCGUCGCGCACAUAACCCGGUCAUAGCCCUAAAACCCUUAGAAGUUCCCCCCUUUCCAUUUCACACCAUCUCCUAUGACUUCAUCACGGGUUUUCCCAAGUCAGAAGGACAUGACGCAAUCCUGGUAGUCAUUGACUCGUUCUCCAAACUAGGCCACUUCAUCCCUACCUCAAAAAAGGUUUCAGCAAAAGGCCUGGCUGAUCUCUUUAUCUCCCACAUUUGGAAACUUCAUGGGCUCCCUGGCUCUCUACCAACGAUUGGGAAUCAAACCUUCCUUCUCCUGGCCUAUCACCCUGAAUCAGACGGCCAAACGGAACGUGUCAACCAAUUUAUUGAGUUCUACCUAAGGUCUUAUGUAGCAGCGGAUCAUUCAGAUUGGGUUAAGUGGUUACCACUUGCGGAGUAUGCCUAUAACAACGCCAAGCACUCAGCUACUGGAAAAACCCCAUUCGAGUUGAUUUAUGGCAGAAACCCAAUCAUGAACCCGUCAAACAUCCCUGCAAACGUCCCAGAAGCAGACCUCGUGGCAGAUACCCUAGCCAGGGAAUGGAAGGAAGCCAAGGCAGCCCUUAGAAUGAGCAAGGAACGAAUGGCAAGGGAUAAAGGAACAGUCCCGGAAUAUUCAAUAGGAGAAAAAGUCUGGUUAGAUGGAAGAAACGUAGAACUUAGGACAAAUUCCAACAAGUUAGACCCCAAGCGACUAGGUCCUUUUGAGGUAUUAGAAAAGGUAUCCAGUCACGCGUACCGCCUCAAACUACCGGAAACCCUUAAAAUCCACAACGUAUUCUAUGUGGGAUUGUUAUCCAGGGUACACGUAUCCCCAAGCCAACCAUUUCCAGAAAGGCCCCCUCCUGAAACAAUAGAAGGGGAAGAAGAGUAUGAGGUGGAACAAAUCAUUGACUCCAAAAGACAACGGGGAAAAUGGUUCUACCUGAUCAAAUGGAAGGGUUAUGGCCCGGAAGACAACUCCUGGGAACCAGAAGAACUCCUAGAGCACAGCCAGGAGGAGAUCCAACGCUUCAACAAGUCGCGACUGAAAAAGGCUCGUGACUCCGCCAAGAGCCUUUAA